CGAUUCAUCUCUCGACACACAAAAAAUCAAAAUGGCCGCAAUGAAUGUGAAAGGCGAGACGAUAGUUUAGAGUUUCAGUAUAUUUUGUGUGUUGUUGUAUUUGUAAAAAAAAAUUGUGCAAAUAGAAAAAGAAGUGUGUAAAUUAAAAUGGUUUGCAGUUUUUUGGUGUAAUUCGAGGUGGUCUUAAGUUUUAUUGAAUCGAAUUAAGAAAAAUCAGAUAGAAACGAUUGCUUUCAUUAUUUGCUAAAUCAAAGGGAUCAAAACACAAGAGCGACAAGUAUUUUGAUUCAAUUCUGCUCAUAAAUUUUUCAAAGCAGCAAUUGAAAUUAGUGGUGUUUCUUUUUAUUCUCUCUCUCUCACUCGUUCUAUCGUUGAUACACAUAUAUGAAUCGGGUUUGUGACGAACAACGAAGGAAAAAAUACCAAAAAAGAAGAGCAAAACCAAAUCGAAAUGUUGUUUUGAUUAUCGCAUAAUUAAUCGACAGCAUCAAUAUUUCGUCAGUCAAUACAUGGAUUGCAUCGGCUUCAAAAAAUACAUUUUCAUUUCAAUACGUGGUACAAAAUAUAUUUGUGCAAAUAUGAUUGGCAAAGAACAUCAUUAGAAACAAGCAAUAGAACAGUUGUAGCAAGUGUUAUGUCUCGCAAACAAAUAUUGGACUAAGAAAAAAAAAACGUCAUAAGUUUGUCUGUAUUUAAUCGAUUUGGAUCAAACGCACGGGAAUGGGAAUUCCAACUCUUUCUCAUUUAUUACCCAAAGCAAUUGUGCUCUCUACCUCUGAUUUCAACCUGACGAAACGAGACGAGUGCUACGGACUGAACAGCAUUUGUCUUCGCAUGUAUUGCGCCCAAUUUUGUGAGUGCGCGAACCGUGAACUCUUUCGGAAUGUUAUCUCUAACUCAAGCGAACUGAUUUAAAUGCAAAGAUUAUCUGAUAAUUCGUGUACACACGUGUGUAAAUUUAGGUGAAGAAAGAGUGUAUAUAUUUCCUGUGGAACAUACUGUUUAUUUUGUGAAUAUUUUUUUUCGCCCGGCAAAUCACAUGCGAAUUCGUUCACAUGUGAUUAAAUUUACAAUUCAGCACAUACAGACCAAUUGAUUAUUUUUGUGUAUCCAUACCAAUUGUUCUGGAUAUUUUGAAAUGUAGAAAAAAAAUACCAGAAUAUUUCUGUUCCUCAAUUGUUUGUCGUUACCAUUGGAAUCGACGUCAUCGUCAGCAAAUGUCAAAACAUUGUUGUUCCAUGUUUUCAUGCCAUUGUUUUUGUAUUUUUUUUAUGGACAGGCUAACGGUGGCUAGUCAGUAAUGGGCAUGUGUUUAAAGUAAAUGUUUUUUUUUCGUCAAACAAUUUAGAUAAAUGAGCUACAUUAUCAGCCAUUUGAACUACAUUACAAGUAGAGAUGCUGGUAAAAAUUCAACACACAAAGCACAGUGUACGGUCGAUACUUUUGCUAAGCAAUUCAUUUCCAUUUCCAUUUGCGCAAAAUCAAUUAAAUAUUUCGUGUAUUAAUACAAAAUAAAAUAAACGUCAAUUUAAAUUGAACAAAUCCGCUAGCGAAACAAAACCAAACAUUAUAUUCAGAUCGAAUCAAGCAAUUUAGCGUGUUUUAAUACUUGAAGCGAAGAGAAGUUAAGGUAUUUCGAAGAAAAAAACAACAUCUAUGCGGCAAAAGGACGUCGCAUCCCACUGUAUCCAAAUUGAAGCGAACCAUCCGUUGUUCUUUUCGAAUUAUUCUCAUAGAUUUGAUAAAGUAAAAGAUAUGAAUACAGCUUUACUCCCAUGAAUUUUCGUUCGAUUGUACCGCCAAGUAUUUCGUAUCGAAUUUCAUACUCAGUGGAGCAUAUUCUUUCAUCGUAAAUCAGUUAAAUAAAUCAUGGAUCCAGCUGUGCCAUGGCAGUACACGUAUAAUCGACUCGCAGCACAAGGUGCUACAUCCGGUGAUCUUCAUCACCAUUUCGCUCAGGCUGCGAAUAACAGUGCUUUAACCGGUGGUCAUGCGUCAUCAGUUAGUGCCGUACCAUCAACAACAUCACAGUUGUUGUUACAGGCCGCACACUCAACACCAUUGGGAGCAUCAACUGCGUCAUUCCCAACUCCAUCGUCGUUUUUAUCAGCGCCUUCAUACGACGUCUUCUCACCUCUGUUCCAUCAUGCGAAUCCAAAACCGGCCCAUUUCAAUACAAUAAAUGCGGCCGCACAGCAUCGGCAACAAGUGCUGGCUGCCCAGGCAGCAGUCACAAAGCAGACAACAGAUUCGGACAUAAUUCGAGAGAAUUAUACACAACACCAUUCGUCGAUAAGUACCCCACAGACUGGAUCGUAUUUUGAGCAGCCAGGUGGUUCGGCUGUGGCGGCCGCACUCGGUUGGCAAGCCCGAGGUGGACAAUCCGAUUUCACGACGCUUCGAAGUCAAGGCGAUCUUAAUUCAAAUAAUCAAUUGCCCAGUGCAUUUGGAAUUUUACCACAUGAAAAUGUAUCCUCCAGUCCGGCGCCGUCGACGGCAGCAGCGGCAACGAAACACUCAUCAUCAUCGGGCAGUUCGACGGGUGUUUAUGAAUCAUUUAACGCACACUUUCCCCAGCCCCUGAACCAAGCAAAUGCCAUAAUAAAAUCUUCGUCAACGGCACGAUCGAUGUCCCCUCAGCAACAACAGCAGCAAUCGCAACAGCAAAUCAAACAACAAAAUAUCGCAUCCACAUCUGCGUCUAGUGGUUAUUAUCAAACGCCGUCAACGUAUCAAAAUCUGCAGUCUAGCUUUGCGAAUUCAAAGUCGAUAAGUCAGCAAGAGCAAUUGCAACAUCAGCAAGCUCAACAGCACAGCUACAGCAAUAACAGUAAUCAGCAGGCGAUAAGUGGAAGUAAGUCAAGUUUUUCUGUGAGCAGUACUGGCAUCAGUUCGUCUUCGCAACUCAAUUCAUCUUCAGAUCCUUCUACUUCUUCUAUAAGUAAAGAAUAUUCCAAUUCCUCUCAUCAUAUUUCGUCGCGUGUGAAAUCUGAACGGUCGAAUUCGCCGGUGAUUGCCUCGAAUAAUUUUGCUUCAUCAGCCGCAUUGCACAAAUUAACUAAUUCGUCUGUGAAUCAAGUGCAAACGAAGGCCGCACUUAAGGCGAUCGUACAAAAUUCGUCGAUUGGCGCUACUCAAUCACUCAAUCAUAAUCACAUCGUUCAUGGUCAUGGUCAUGGUCAAGGUCAAGCGUCCGCCAUACACGAAAACAAUGUGAUACAAUCUUCACCUAUAAGCUUUUCCAUGUUAGAGAAUCAAGUAGCGUAUAGUGGUAGCAAUAAUAAUCAUAAUAUUAAUAGUCAUAGUGCCAGUCGAAAUGCUUCGUCGGUGAGGAAGCUAUCGACGACGCCGUUGCUCAAGCAAGAGUUUCAACACGAUAGUGCCUCAACCAUUUCGCCGAGUGCGAGUGCGAAUUCGAUAACGAAUUCACAUCCGACCGAUUGUUCUCAUAUUGUGAUACCGCGCCGACCGAGCCCGCAUCAAAUCAAUUCACAGUCUUCGCCUCUAAGCACUGUACCAAGUCCAGCUUAUCCGAUGUACAACAGUCCGUCAAUGAACCCUUCGCAGUCGCCAAUCGAUGCGAGCACCUCAAGAACCUCGUCUAAAUCCAAUUGUUCCAAUGUAGUUGCUUAUUCGUCUGUGAUUCAAAGAGCUGCCCAUCCGUCAAAUUGGGAUGGUGGUGGUGGUGGUGGCGGCGUUGACGACCGCAAUCAGAGUUCGUUGCAAAACAAUGCGAAUCAAAUUUAUACACCCGCCCAAAUAACCAAACUGCACCAGAUUUCACCGGUGCAUUCGGUGCAUUCGCAACAAAGCAGUCAUUUUGACAGUUCUCAAUCGGCCCAAUCCCAUCAAAAUCAAAGCAAUCUAGCAGCUCAAAAAAUAAACGACUCGGCACAACAAAUGCAUGAACAAACCGAUUACGCCCUGAAUCAGCGGUCGAGGCAGCCACGUCAAACAUCGUCAAUUUCGAACGAUAAAAACAAACAAAAUGAUGGGCCCAAAGCGAGACCUGGCCGAAAGAAGAAAAUAAACGAUCGAGCGGACUCUUGCGAAAAACUACCGUCUCCUUCUACUUGUUCUGAAUAUUAUGUGAACGAACGUAUUCCUCCGCCAGCCCACAUACCAAACCAGCAAUCAAUGAACGGCUCAACCACUUGCUCUUUCAAUAACAUUCACAGUCACAAUAGCACAAUGAUUUCACAUCCCUCACAUCAUCAUGCCAUCUCCCAUCAUCCCUAUUUCCCAUCCUUUUCCAUGCCCCUCACCGGAAUUGGCGACUAUUCGAACGACCUGAAUUUGAAUUCGAUUCCAAUGGUCGCCAAUAUUCCGUACAAUGAUAGCCUUGGUACGCCAAGUGUGUCGUCCAAUUACUCCCCCACCGCUUCUGAGAUACGCGAAGACGAGCCGCCAAAAGUUGUAGUACCGAAUAUUGAGGAAGAACUUGGAUUUCUUGCAGAGAAUAGCCGAAGUGGGAGCAUACAGCAGGCAUCUGCACAAAUGUCACUUCAAGCAUCAUCCACCGCUGCCGCCGCCACACAAAAUCAUUUAACUCUGCUGGGCACAACAAGCAACUCACUGUCACAUCACAACCAAUCGAAUCAACAGCAUCUGCAGCACCAUUCGCACGCGAACAACCAAAAUACAAACCAAUCACAGUCAAGCUCUUCGAAUCCAAUGAACCAGCAGAAAGCGACUCCAUUGACUGACAAAAAAUUUCCCACGCCAACGGGCCCUGGGUCGGGUUUUAUGGCGAGCUACUUGAAAUUCUUACAAGGUGAACGGGACACUUCACCGCCCCCAAUGAACAGGGGCUCGGGUGGAGGUCGCAAAACGUGGUCAAGAGCUACAACAAAUCAACCGGUCACAAAUCAGUCCCCGGCAGCGGGAAACAAUGCUCAAGCAAAAAAUCAAAUGAGCAACGGCAUGAAUGUGCACAACAACAUGAUGGGCGGCAGCAUAUACGAUCGAAAGCGAAGCGCCGAUGACGAUGACGACGCCUCCGACAGUUCAAAUAAUAAACCGGUCACAAACCGAAAUAGUAAAAAGCAAUCACAGCAACCGGUGAUUGACCGGGCGCCCCAAGUUCCAAUCAAUGCUGCAAAAAAAGCACGAACAACACAGUCCAGCCACAACAAUUCGCUUCUGUCUUCACAACAAACAUCGAAUCAUGCGUUGUCUCUGCAACAGAACAAUCCACAUAGUUUACAGCAGAAUCCACAGCUGCUGAUGCAACAACAUGCCACUCCGGCUCAUCAGCUGGUCGCGGGCACAUCGCAAAUUUUAAGCCAACAGCAAAUGUACUAUCCGCAAGAUAAUGAAGAUCCACUAACUGUACCUCAACGUCGCGAAACAUCACAUCGCAAGGCAAAGGGCCGAAGCAUUCAGAACGCAUUACAAAAGCAAACACUCGGUUCGGACAAUCAAAAUGAUGACCUGGACGAACCGCCCGAAUUUGUCGAUUCAGACUCGGAUCCGGCGUGGACACCGAAUAAGGAAGACGAUGAUGAUGACGAUAUGCCGCGUCGCAAAAAUACACGAAAAACACGAAACAGCAAUGCAAGAUCGAACACAAAACGCGGCACCGUCAAAUCAAAUACAUAUGCAGGAACCACGAAUGCAAGCAAUAUUGAAUAUUCUAAUUCGAACUCAUCGGGUGCCCAACAAAAUUACGGAACGAGCAAUAAUCCAGACGAAUUCCAAACCGGUGAUUUCAUUGUGAGUCGACAAGAUGCGUUUCUAGAUUGGCCGGCAAUUUGGCGUGUGGACAGCACUACAUUGCUACAGAAAUUCGAACCGUUUCACAGCAAUAAUAAAACGAUUUAUCGAAGUCUAUCGACGUACGCACAGUGGAGCCCGGAGAGCUGUCGUUCAUACAUUUCAGUGAAAUGCAUUCACAUUGGACAAUUGCAACAUGAGAUGCACGUUGAGCUGCAGCGCAGUGAACUUUGUGCGGCCACAUCAGAAAUGUACAUUGAAAAAGUAAUGCAAGAGGCGUUCACCUCACUCCAAGAUCAAUUCGAAGUUUACAUUCAAGCACUCAUCUCACAAGCACUUGAUUCAAAUUUUCUCACCGAAAUUCAUCAAGAACAAGACGAAUACUUCCUCUCAAAUGUAAAAACAAUUGACGACCUUACAUCCGGGCGGAAAAUGAGACUUCGAAAUACGAUGGCUUGGCCGACUAGAAUUUUGCAUUCAAUUGAAAUAUGGCCUUGUUACAAUGUUAUCAACGAUUUAGGGGUCACGAACAACGGUCAAAUAAUCUGUGUGGCAUGCAACAAACGAAACAUUGUAUCCAGGGUGGUUUUGUACGGUCAACCAUACAAUCAAAACACGAUUGGACCGACCCAGCUCGACGGCCGAUAUUCAUUUGAUAAAGAUUUAUUAUUGUGCCGAAGUCUUUGUGUAGUGCGAUGCGAACUAUUGCAUAAAAUUUCACACCAGAAGUAUUUAAUGUUCAUGCAGUGCUCGAAAAAAGUGGCAGAACUCAAUCAACAAGAUCCAACAAAAGGCACUACCGUCAUCCUCAACGAACUACUAGCCGAUGAAGCUUGGCUAUCAGAGUUAUUCGGUUUGGUGCGCCGUGCAUGGGCUGAGGUCGAUCAAAUUGAGCGACUACAUCGUGUUUUAUCCUAAUUGCCUGGAAAUGCAAUGAAUGAAUGAUAUUUUAGAGCAAUCUUAGGAAUCUUGGUUCUAUCAUUUUAUCUAAAAAUAAUGAAGAAUAAAACAACAGGAAACAGUGUAAAGACAUUGAACAAACUGGACAUUUUGUUCAUUGAAUGUGAUUAAAAUUAUAUUUAAUUCACAAUCGCAGUAUUGAGCUGUGCAGGAAAAAAACCAUUUUGCAAGCAAUUUGUGUGAAGAAAGCUGUUUUCUUUGCAUUUUGGCAGCAUACUUAUUACUUAUCUAAUAAAUGAUUAAAAGAUAAUGCUA